UGACACUGACUGAGGAUCGAAGUCCAGAUGUGGGCCUCGAACAAAUAUCAGUCCACCGGAGCUGUCGGGCCUGCCUGCCUGCCUGCCGACUUUUCUCUAGCUCUCCCGCAGCGUCCGUCUGGUCUCCUGAUCUCUGUAACAAUGAAGAUCAGACUGGACUGACAGUGGAUUCUAUGCCCCUCUGGCUUAGAUGGACCCACCUGGUUAUCACCCAGAGCGGCUCCAGCCUACUGUCCACCACCUUGGAAACUAUCCCGAGGACCUGGUAACUUUGGUGGGAUCAUCAGCAUCUCAGGAGCUAAAGACAGAGGUGGACAGUAGGCCAGACCUUGUGGAAAGCUGCCCUGUCUGUGGAGACAAAGUGUCAGGAUACCACUAUGGUCUGCUUACCUGUGAGAGUUGCAAGGGUUUCUUUAAACGCUCAGUGCAGAAUAACAAGCUUUACACCUGUGCAGAACAACAGAGCUGCCCCAUGAACCUUUCCCAGAGAAAACGCUGCCCUUCCUGCCGCUUUCAGAAGUGUUUGGCUGUUGGGAUGAAGAGAGAAGCAGUGAGAGCGGAUCGAAUGAGAGGUGGCAGGAAUAAAUUUGGCCCUCUGUACCGGCGGGACAGGCAGAUGAAACAGCAAAAGGUGACGAACACUGACCCCUACAGGAUUAAGAUGGAAACUACUCAAGCACGCUUCCCCCCGGCCUCAAAUGACGUUCAAAUACUAAGCAGUCACCCGAGCGAUCCGUGUUCUUCUGGAGCUUUUCAUCAGUCACACGUGUAUUCUUCCGGCAUGGUGCAGUCAGGUGAAACCAUGCCCCUGGACUGCACCCGGAACACAAACAGAGUACCCAUUUCCCCAUCCUUGGCCUAUCCUGGACUCUACCACUCCACCUUCCCUGAAUACCCCCCGGAGAAAGGAGAACCGUCUUUCAGCUACAGCCCAUCUCCCGCCAACUAUCCAAUGCAUUCAACUUCAAACAAUUCAUUCACACCAGGAAGCACACCAGCGUCAUCCCCCUGCUCAACGCCAUGCUCAACCACCCCGCUCUCCCAGGGUCCCACGCAACCUCCAACCACCUCUCCGUCGGCCACCAUUGCGCCCAGCUUCCUACACCAGCUCCUGGAGGGAGAGCCGGAUGAGGGCCAGCUGUGUGCCAAAGUACUUGCCAGUCUGCAGAGAGAACAGGCCAAUCGAGGCAAGCAUGACCGCCUGAACACGUUCAGUAUCAUGUGCAAAAUGGCCGACCAGACCCUGUUUGGGCUUGUGGAGUGGGCCAGGAACAGCGCACUGUUUAAGGAACUCAAGGUGGAGGAUCAAAUGGUGCUGCUGCAGAGCUGCUGGAGUGAGCUGCUGGUCCUGGAUCACCUCUGUAGACAAGUGACCUACGGCAAAGAAGGCUGCAUAUACCUGGUCACAGGACAGCAGAUUGAGGUGUCAACCAUCGUUUCCCAGGCAGGAGCGACUCUGAGCAGCCUGGUAUCAAGGACCCAGGACCUAGUCUGCAAACUUAAGGCACUCCAGUUCGACAGAAAUGAGUUCGUCUGCCUCAAAUACCUGGUGUUAUUCAACCCUGAUGUGAAGUCAGUGCACAACCGCAGGCAGGUGGAGCAGACUCAAGAGAGGGUCAACAGGGCCCUGAUGGAGCACACCCAGCGCAGUCACCGAGGACACUCGGACAAGUUUGGCCAGCUGCUUCUCCGGCUCCCUGAAGUACGCAGCAUCAGCCUGCAGCUCGAGGACUAUUUGUACCAGCGCCACCUUCUCGGAGAUUUACCUUGCAACUCUCUACUUACAGAGAUGCUGCACACCAAGCACAACUAAGAGGAUGUCGCCGCAUUCUCCCGUUCCAAUGAUGCAGCUAGUCAUAGCACCUCUUCUUCUGCCUUUCAGACACGACAGCCCCUUUGACUAGUAAAGGGUGUUUUGUUGUGAAUAAGCUACAGUCACAGAAGCGAGAGGGAAGAAUAUGUGACCCGGGCUCGUGGCUAAAGAGCAAUGUUUGCUCAUCCUGAGCUACGUUUUAGACAAGUGUCCCUCAACAGCAGUAUUACAACAGCCAAAGAGCCCAGUAAUUUUGUUUUAGUCAGUAUUGCCGCAAGAUUUGAGAUCCAAGCACUACCGUGAUGUUUUCAGCUUCACAACUCAAAAGGUAGAAAAUGAAUAAAAGGAAGUUGUUUCUUUAUUCAUUUUCAGUUGUUUCUGUGUGUAAGUACAUAUCCAAAAAGCGUUUAAAAAAAAAAAAAGUACUAAUAAAUUGCACCGGUUUCUGGUCAAGCGUGUUUCUGAUCCACCGAGUUUGCUAUUUAAACCUCAAACUUCCCACCAGUCCCUUAGAAGUGAAGAAGCUACUCAGAUGAGUGGUGAAACGUCUUCAAGUACAGUUGCCUUUUUUUUUAAAAAAAAACAACAACUAAAAAACAAAAGAAACAAAAAAAAAACGCUUUUUGGAUAUAGCACGACCUGGAUGACUGAAAACUUUCACAGACACUGUGUAAGUACAUCAUCCAAUCAUCCAUCAUCACACUGACGAUAGCUCCACCUCAGAGAAGCUCUCAUCAGCUGAUUUUUUUUUUUUGUGCAGAAAAAUAUUGUCUCCGACCAUGAGCACCAAGUGACCCAAGUCUAACAACUUAAACAACACGUAUGGAAAAAAUAAACACGAGAAUGAAAAUAAAAAAAAAUAAAAAACGA